AUGGACGAGGAUGAAAGAGAUGGAGGGUCGGGAGAGAUUCCCAUUCCGGCCAGGAGAAUGAUGAUCCUGACGCCCGCUCAAGGUAACGAUCCACCCCCACGAGGCUACAAAGGGCGACACCGUCGUGAGACUCGUGACAAGUGGGAAGGGCUGCGAUCGGACGGUGACAAAGAGGCGUCCGGAGGGCUCCACGGGUGGCUUGACGGACGAGAACGGGUGGCGCCUUGCAAGCAACCCAAGCAAUUGGCAACCCCCAAAGUGGACAAGUCUGGUCCCCUCAGGCACGACUCCAAGAACUUUCGGCCUCCCGCAACACCUGACUGGUCCGCCACUUGGCUGACCUUUGGCGAUAAACUUCGGAUUCCCGAAUGCAGCAUCACACGUUGGUGGCGGGCGGCCAACCCCAAACAAGAAACAGAAGCAGCCGCUACGCGCUUGGCCCUUUUUCCCCCCUGCUAG